AAAUUUCCGUUUUUAUUUAACCCAAUUAGGUAAUUUGCCUUCCAGAACGGUUGCUAACAGUAUAGCACCUUUUGUCUGAUAUUAUCAGCUACUUGGUUCCCUCCUAAAUAAAAAACAGCUAAAUACUUGUGACCAAUAGUACACUUUAUGUAUUAGUAAGUAGCUAUUGCUUUCCAAACGGUUGUUGCAAUGGUACAGUGUAUUGGAAGUGUGAGAGCGUACGCUAUUUAAUUUAUGCAAUAUAUUCAAGAGGUUGAAACUAAGACAAGCCCUCAAUGCAUGACCACGACAAAGAGAGUUUUUUUUGUUUUAAAUUAAGCGUUACGUUCGUUAUUUUUAUGCUACUGGUUGGAACAGUUGAUUGCCUUGUUGUAGACUUGCGAUUCAUUCUUAAUUGAACAUUUGGUCAUUCAACAACUAGAUCGUGAAAAGAGAGUUUAGGCUAACAGUUGUAUUAUCAAUACUGCAGAUUGCCGAUUAGUUUCGUGAGCAUACAAAAGAUAUGCUGUAGUUAUAAAACCGUUUAUGAACAAUCGGAUACGUUGUCGUAAAUUGUAAAUAAAAAAGCUUGCAGUGCGACAUCAUUUUGUUAUGUAAUAAAUAGGUUAUAUACAUCGUGCAUAGAGUACACGAGCACAAGUUGGCCGUUUCUGCAUGAUUUCAAGGUUGGAUACUUUUAACCUUAUUGACUUUUGUCACAACUAUGGCGUUGGUGCUGCGAAAUAUUUAUCAAACAUUCAAUUACUUUUUCACCGAAUACAAAGAUCCUCGAAUCGAAAAUUAUCCCUUGUUAGGAUCACCAUGGCCAAUCGUAAUGAUAAUAAUAUUAUACCUAAAGUUCGUCAAUGAUUGGGGUCGCCGAUUGAUGAAAUAUCAGACUCCAUAUGAUCUCACUAUAGUUAUGAAUAUAUACAAUCUGAUACAGAUAUUUUUGAACCUUUACAUUGGCAUCGUAGGUGGUUUAAAUUCUUAUUUUGAUCCUGACUAUAGCUGGAGCUGUGAAACGAUCAAUCAAAAAGACAACCCAGUGAGGCGUAAACUUAUAUUCAUCACGUAUCUUUAUUUCAUUUCAAAAAUUAUCGACCUUCUAGAUACGGUAUUUUUCAUAUUGCGGAAAAAGUAUAAUCAAAUUACUUUUCUUCAUACGUAUCAUCAUGCUGGAAUGGUAGCUGCUACGUAUAUUUUUACAAAAUUUUUAGCAGGAAGUCACGCAACACUUCUAGGACUUAUAAAUAGUUUUGUGCAUGUCAUCAUGUAUUUUUACUAUUUCCUUACAUCGUUUAAGCCUGAAUUGAAAAAAUCAAUUUGGUGGAAACGGCAUAUAACGCAAGUCCAGCUGAUCCAGUUUACUAUUCUUAUGCUACAUUUUGGAGUUCCUUUGGUAGGAGGAUAUUGUGAUUUCCCAAAAACUCUCCUGUUCAUUGGUUUUACACAAAAUAUGUUCAUGUUCACAUUGUUUGCCGAUUUUUACAUCAAGACAUACAUUAAAAAGAAGUAACAUAGGUUAAAAAAUAAAAUAACCAUAUUCUAAAAUAA